AUGCAGGAAAUGGGAAUGACACUACCUUUCGAGAAGACUUGCAAGGACCUAACAGAGGUUGUGGAAAAUAAAAAUAUUUCUUUAUAUGUGUCCAUGAUAAUACAGAAAGCAUUUUUAGAAAUUGAUGAGAAAUGUACCGAGGCAGCUGCUGUUACUUUUGAGUCAGAAGAUGAUUUGGGAUGUUGUUUGUAUCAAAGUCCUCCAAAAAAAUUCGAAGCUGAUCAUCCCUUCUUGUUCAUGAUUAGAGAAGAGAUUACAAGGUCGGUACUUUUCACUGGAGCUGUGGUAAAUCCAUUACUAAAUGGAUCUGAUGAUACUACAACUAUGGCAUGA